AUGCCGUCCGUGUUCCGCCCCUGCAUCGACCUUCACAACGGCGCCGUCAAGCAGAUCGUCGGCGGCACCCUCGACACCUCGUCCCUCCGCACCAACUUCGUCUCCGAGAAGCCGAGCGCCUACUACGCCGACCUGUAUCGCCAGAACGCGCUGCGAGGCGGGCACGUCAUCAAGCUGGGCCCGGGCAACGACGACGCGGCGCGCUCGGCCCUGCAGGCGUGGCCCAAGGGCCUCCAGGUCGGCGGCGGCAUCAACGAGUCGAACGCGCAAGAGUGGCUCGACGCAGGAGCCGAGAAGGUUAUCGUCACGUCGUACCUCUUCCCGGCGGCAAAAUUCGACGAGGAUCGGCUGCGACGACUCGCCGAGCAGGUCGGCAAGGACAGGCUCGUGGUCGACGUCAGCUGCCGGCGACGAGGCGACAAGUGGAUCGUCGCCAUGGACCGGUGGCAGGUCAUGACCGACAUGGAGGUCAACGCAGAAUCGCUCGCGCUCCUCACGCAGUACUGCAGCGAGUUCCUCAUCCACGCCGCCGAUGUCGAGGGCCUGUGUCAAGGCAUCGACGAGGCGCUCGUCGAGAAGCUCGGCGAGUGGGUCACGAUCCCGACGACGUACGCCGGCGGCGCUCGCAGCGUCACCGACCUGUCGCUCGUCGAGCGCCUCUCGCACGGCAAGGUCGACCUCACGUACGGCUCGGCGCUCGACAUCUUUGGCGGCGAGCAGGUCCGGUUCGACGAGCUGUGCGAGUACAACCGGCGGGCCGAAGGGAGAGCGUGA